UUUCAAUGCCAACAAUUCUUCACAUUUUUCUUGAUGUUGUUGGAAUAGCUCGUUACUUUGCCCUUGAUGUUUUGACUGAGCAGUUUUCUAGCUAUGACGGCGGUCCGCGAGACGGGCAGUGUGACUGUCUCAGCCACGAUCCCUGCCUUACCUUCGCUACGCUUGCGCUCCGCAGCUCCCCGACCUGCUGUUCAAUUUCUGACUCUCAGGGAUUUGUCCAAACGCCAGGAUGUAUUGAGGGCACUCGUCCAAUUGCAGUCCCUGGUGGCAGAACUGACCGAUGAUGACGUGAAAGAAGCGACCAGACGCCUAUUCUUGCUGCUCAACACGCUGGAGGACCCCAUCGUCAAGGAGAAAAGUGUGGACCUCCUGGGUCGCCUGGCUUGUGCCACGGGUGCAGGCGAGGCAGGACAGAUUGCACUCGCUCUGUGCAGCUCGUUGCAGAAAACAGAAGAGGAGACUUCGUCGGUGACGUGUCAGUUGCUGCUGUCGCUCGCUGCCAUUUGUCAGCACUGGAUAGCGUCCGAGCUGUGUCAAGAUGUGGCACUUGAGUGUACGGAAAUCGUCACCAAGCUCCUUCCCACAUCCGCCGCACCUGUUCGCCGAGCUGCCCUGCAUCUGCUCGCCACACUGGCCCCCAUCGAGCAGCGCAUGCAGAACGCUGCCUCUGCGUCUGGCUUGUCCUCCGUGGCAGCUGCCUCGUCGGCUGCGUCGGCCACAUCGUCGGCCGCCUGCGAAAUCCAGCGCCACUGUGCUGCCGGCAUCAACGACGAUGAACCGCGUGUGCGUGCCGCAGCGCUGAGAGGCCUGAUUCGUAUGAAUGACCAAGGAAUGCCAUUACAGCUGGAUGUGUAUGAAAGGCUAUCCUGUGUGUUGGUAGAUGACUAUGCUGACGUACGUGCCGAGGCUAUGCAGCUAGUCUGGAGGUAUUGUCAAGCCUUUCCUGACAAGCCGGUAAAUGUUGAUGACGGUGGCGACGUGAAGUUACCGCUGUUGGAUGAUGGAUUCGUCAAAAUUUGCGAUAUGAUGAAUGACUUGGCCAUGCCGGUGCGAAGCAAAGCGGCCGCCCUACUAGGCUCUCUACACAACGUCAGCUUUGAAUUCCUACAGCAAACUCUGGACAAGAAGCUUAUGUCGCACUUACGGGCAAAGUCCUCCGAGCAUGAUAAACUGAAGGAGAGGUACCGGUCCAAUAUGACCAUAUCCGAGUGGGAGUCCGGCCGCAAGUGGAACGAUGGAAACAUACCCAAGAAAGACUUUGAUCCUACGAAUGUGCAGCUGAUCAGCAACGGGGCAUGCGGAGCGUUUGUCCACGGACUGGAGGAUGAGUUCCUAGAGGUGCGCAAGGCAUCUGUCGAGUCGAUGACCAGCUUAGCUGUGCAAUGUCCCAAGUUUGCUGCCCUUUGUGUGGACUACAUUGUCGACAUGCUCAACGAUGAAAUUCAAGCGGUUCGGCUAGCGGCAAUGGCAUGCCUGCAGCAGAUCAUGACUCAUUUGGAGCUGCGUGAUGACCAGCUCGACACCUUUCUCUCCGGCUUGUCUGAUUCUAGUCCAGUGGCUCGGAAUGCUGUGCGUGAUCUGCUGACGGUGGUGCAGCUGUCGUCAUGCAGCAUGCUACAGUCAUGUCUCAAAUCACUACAGACCAACCUGACGCGAUACCCAACAGACAAGACAUCCAUUUACAAAUGCAUGGCGGAGCUUGGUGAUCGUCAUAGUAACCUCGUCAUGGCAAUCACUCCAUCGCUGCUGGGAACGGACUUGAUGUUUGCCACGCCGGAGCCGGAUAUCGAACAGACGUCAUAUCUUGCCCACCUGAUUCUGAUAUUCAACGCCCUGCCUCACUGUCCGACGAUGAAGGCCUCGUUCCCGACCUUCAUGGCUGGCCAUUAUGCGUUCCUCAAGUCAUCGCUACCCGACCUGGUGCCUCAGUUAGAGUUCUCUGGUAGCAGACUGGUUGUUCCCAAGGCCGACUCUCAGUCCAGAGUGAAGCGGGAAGAAGCCGUUGAGGGUAGCGCGUUCAUUGAGCAGUCUGUACGUCGGGCUCUGGCGCAGAAGGCCGGUGCCAGUCGUCUGCAGUUCAUCAAGUUGACGCUUGCUGACAUGCAAAGAUUGAGUGAGAUCAAUUCACCCACCUCCACUCUGGCCUCCUGGUCGUGUCUCUAUUUGCAAGCCUGCUCUCUUCUGGAGAACGCGAUACACGACAAGAGAACGACAGUGGCAUGGAACAGUAACCAAGCUGCCAAGGUACUGUGUCUGUCGUACCAAGCUGAGCAUCUUUACGCUGGCCUGGGUGCAGGUGAACAGCUGGCCGUGGCUGAACUGCGACUGGUUGCCCAUGCCCUGCAGCUAUUACAUAGUACUGCUCUGGCAAGAGAUGAUGUCAAACUGCUGCUGAAGCGGAUCAACAGAUUGGACAAGCGCUGUCAGACAUUCAACUUGCAGGCCGGCACUUGUCUGCAGCAUCUACUCAUGCAGAGUCAUGAGCUGGAGCGUGGCAAGAUAUCUGCUGUCGUCCACUGCCUCCUGGACGCUACACAGGCCUGGCAGCCUGUGAUGGUGUUGCCGGACAGCUCUCUGCUGCGCAAGGCAUCGGGUAGCAUUCGCCAGCCGUCCAACCCAGGUCACAUCUACCAGUUCUCGACCAGCCUGGCCACGUCGAUCAGUGUUGACGCAACGCUGACAAACGUGGACGAUGUACGCAGAGUAGUCCUGCAGGUGAUGUUCCCGGAUCAAACACGCCGCCUCAUGCACGCUUCAUCAGUGCACGUGGUCUCUGUAACCGGAGGUGGAAGCGGCACGACGUCACGUUCUCCUUCCUGCAGUGCCGCUUCCAGUGCAUCGUCCACGGCUGCAUCUGCUGCAACGACAGUAGUAUCUGCUCGUGGGCAUUCUGCUGGUGCAGAGCAGCGUCAACAUCUAGCCAUGGAGCCUGUAAUCAGCCAUCAUGUCUGGUCCGAGAGCAGUCACGUUGAAGUCAUGGCCGUUCUCUCGUUCGUAGCGGAUCAAGACGAAAUGCCGCUUCUCGCUACCGGCAACGGGAAUAGGACAGCAGCAGCAUCGGCAGCAGCAGAGCAGCAGCGCUCCGCGUCCUCUUCUGGCUCUUCAAACUUGCCACCACUCACACCAGGCUUUCCAGCCGGUGAUGUGGCACUCGCAGCAUCAUCAUCGUCAACAACGUCGUCAUCGUCAGAUCUGCUCUUGUCGCAGCAUGAGCUGGCCAUUCUAACGCACAGUCUACUGCCGCUUGGCAAUACAGUACGCUACGCCAUACACCCUAAGGAGCGCAUCUACGUAUCCACGCACUGACAUGCCCCACUUACACAUGAACUGUGUUGUGUGCACGCGGGAGCACAGCAGUGUGUGUGUGUGUGUGUGUGUGUGUGUGUGUGUGUGUGUGUGUGUGUGUGUGUGUGUGUGUGUGUGUUGGAGUGUCGACGUGACCGGUGGUGUGUAGUCUCGGCCAACCAAUUGGCGAUGUCAGCCGCUGAAAACCUGUGUGUUUGUGUGCGUGUGUGUGUACGUACGUACGUACGUGUGUGUGUGUGUGUGUGUGUGUGUGUGUGUGUGUGUGUGUGUGUGUGUGUGCUUGCGAUUGUGUGCAUAUUUUUCUCAUCUUUGGCUUUGUGUGUUUGCUUGUCUUGUCUUUGCAAGGUUAAUUUUUAAUGUCUAUUAUUUUGGUGCUGUGCCCUAUUUUCAAUUCCAGUACACUCUCUUUUUCAUUACUUUUUGUUGUCUUCUUACGGUUCACUGGAUCGUGGCGUCCCGACUGGCGGCUGCUGUGUGAGAGCUAUGGCAGCGGCAGGAAGGCCACUGGGAAAAAUGCUCUGAUUGCUCUUCCGUACAUGCAUAGCACCCGCUGCUUCUGCUGUGCUACGCCUAGCUUACUUGAAGUGAUCGACUUAGCGUCGCAUUCCGAAUACAAGUCUCUCUCUCUCUCUCUCUCUCUCUCUCUCUCUCUCUCUCUCUCUCUCUCUCUCUCUCUCGUGGAAGUACACACCAGGGAGUCGUACAACAGUCUUAUUUCGAUAUACCAGUACCGGUAAUGCACUUCUCUUUAGUUUACCGCGAGAGGUAGCUCGCGGUAGGAGCGUUCUGUAGCUGGACCGAGAACCUGCUGCAAUGCCCUGCUCUGCAGCCUCUACCGAACCAGGUGUUGGUAGAAUGUGUUGAGAGUAUCACUUGGUGACUAUGUAGUUUCAACUAG